UGUCACUGUCGUAUCUGACCCCCGGCUGGAGCAGAGCCCUGUCUCUGUCUGAAGACAAAUUCUUUGGUCUAAUUUCUGAAACGCGCCAGGGUGUCCCCCCUCUCCAUGUGUUGUCCCUAAUGGGCGGCUGGUCUCGCAGUGCCGUGCUGGAGCUGUACCGGGCGCUGCUCCGAGCAGGGCGUCAACUUCAGUACACUGACCGUAACUACUAUCAGCGUGCCGUGGCUCGCGAGUUUCGCCGCUGCCAAGCGCUGACGAUACCCGAGGAUAAGGAGGACGCGCUGAAGAGGGGCCAGUUCUUCCUCAGCAGCCGAUUGGGUGGGCUUAUGUAG